UUCUCUCUCUCUCUCUCUCUCUCUCUCUCUCUCUCGUGUUUGUGUACAGACAUAUAUAAUGCAAAUUUCAUCGGCGAAAACCCCUACGUGUCUCUACCUCUGAAUAUCUAAAUUUUCAUUUUUCUUCGAUCGGUCGAAAUCCAAUUCAUGGCCAGGGCUCUAUCAGUCGAGAAGUCGAUCAGGAAUUCUCCUCUUCUUCGAUCUAUAGAACGAUUGACUGACUCUAAGCAGAUCACUGUGCAGAUGAUGCAUUCCUAAAUCUGUGAAACUCUGUCCAACUUACAGGUUUCUGAUCUGUAUUGGAGGAGCCGGGUGAUGAAAAACUUGAUUAAUGAAUCGGUGAGAGUUUGAAGAUGCCAGGAUUAGCGGCGCAGAGGAUUGGUCAUCAAUUGAGUAAUGGCACCGCGUCGUUUUGCUCGUUUCCUUCUUCAAACGGAUCAGUUUCGGCCAGCGGAUUCUGGUCUAAGCAUCGCGGCGAUGUCACCUAUAAUCAGCUUGAGAAGUUCUGGAAUGACCUCUCAGCACAAGCACGGCAGGAGCUUCUAAGAGUUGACAAGCAAAUGCUCUUUGAGCAAGCUCGUAAGAACAUGUAUUGCUCUAGAUGCAAUGGGUUACUGCUUGAAGGUUUUUUUCAGAUUGUCAUGUACGGAAAGUCUUUGCAGCAGGAUGGAGCAAGUCAGCUCCUUCAUUGCAACAAGCAAGGACCAGUGAAACUUCAAAAUGGUGGUAAUUUGGGCAUCACAGAUGAUGUUCAGGAUCCAUCAGUUCACCCUUGGGGAGGUUUGAUCACAACAAGAGAUGGUGCACUGACCCUUUUAGACUGCUAUCUGUGUUCAAGGUCUCUAAAGGGUCUCCAAAUUGUGUUUGACAGCGCACGUGCAAGGGAAAGGGAGCGAGAAUUGCUUUAUCCUGAUGCCUGUGGUGGAGGAGGUCGAGGUUGGAUCAGUCAAGCAGCAGUGGGUUACGGAAGAGCACAUGGAACUAGAGAAGCAUGUGCUCUGCACACGGCAAGACUCUCUGUUGAUACAUUGGUGGAUUUUUGGUCAGCACUCGGAGAAGAAACUCAAAAGUCCCUUCUAAGGAUGAAGGAGGAUGAUUUUAUAGAAAGGCUGAUAUAUAGGUUUGACAGCAAGAGGUUUUGUAGAGAUUGUAGAAGAAAUGUUAUUAGGGGGUUCAAGGAACUAAAGGAGCUAAAACGCUUGCGAAAGGAUCCUCAGUGCACCAGUUGGUUUUGUGUUGCAGAUACAGCCUUCCAGUAUGAGGUGUCUCAUGACACAGUCCAGGCUGAUUGGCACCAAAUCUUUGUGGAUAAUGUUGGAAACUAUCAUCACUUUGAAUGGGCUCUUGGAACAGCAGACGGAAAAUAUGACAUUCUGGAGUUUGAAAAUGUUGGCAUGAGUGGGAGGGUUCAAGUGAGUGGUCUAGAUCUUGGUGGCUUAAAUGCAUGCUAUAUUACCCUGAGGGCUUGGAAAAUGGAUGGUCGUUGUACUGAACUUUCUGCAAAAGCUCAUGCGUUGAAAGGUCAACAAUGUGUACACAGCAGGCUUGCAGUUAAUGAUGGUUUUGUUACAAUUACAAGAGGGGAAAACAUCAAAAGGUUCUUUGAGCAUGCCGAAGAGGCUGAGGAAGAAGAGGACGAUGAUUCCAUGGACAAAGAUGGGAAUGAGCUGGAUGGAGAAUGCUCCCGUCCCCAGAAACAUGCAAAGAGUCCUGAACUUGCUCGAGAAUUUCUUCUUGAUGCUGCAGCUGUUAUUUUCAAGGAACAGGUUGAAAAGGCUUUCAGAGAAGGAACUGCUCGGCAAAAUGCUCACAUCAUUUUUGUGUGCCUUGCAUUAAAACUACUGGAAGAACGUGUUCAUGUUGCAUGCAAAGAGAUUAUUACACUAGAAAAGCAGAUGAAACUUCUUGAAGAAGAAGAAAAGGAAAAGCGUGAAGAGGAAGAACGUAAGGAGCGAAGAAGAAUGAAAGAAAGAGAGAAAAAGCUGCGAAGGAAGGAGAGAAUGAGGGGCAAAGAGCAGGACGGGGAAAAUAUGUCUUCUGAAUUAAACCAAGAUUCUGACAUUCUGAAGGAGAAAUUGUUGACUACAGUUGAUGAACAGCUGAAUGUCUUCUACAACAGGGACUCGAGCUUUGCUACAUGUGAUAUUACAUCCACACCUGUAUCCCCUGAUACUGGAGACGAGCAUCUAUUCUAUGGGCCUAUCAUUUCAAACAUGGAAAACCACUCUGAUGACAGUCCCAAUGUGGAGAUUCUCCAUCUGAAAGAUAGGAACCAUUUAUUUGGAAUUGAUCAAUCAAAAGUAUCACAUCAGAAUCUGAAACAUAGGAAAUACUUUCAACAGGAUCCUAUGUUGAAAUUGUCUGAGAGGCAGCAAUUUGCGGUUGUCUCAGAAAAUGAGGUUAUGGUCCAUACAUCUGAGCCUGGGAAACAUGCUAAUCCUUUUGAUAUUACCUCAAAGAGUGUAAUUGCACUGAACAAGAAUUUAAGUAAUGCCAUGAAGUUGAACACUAGAAAUAGUGGUGCGAAGUUGAGUGAGAUGUAUCCCUACCCCAACAACCGAAUGACUGGUAGAUAUGACUCCCAUGCUUGCAGCUGUAACCAACGAAAUGAUUACAGGGCAAAGGUGGAGAGGCAUACUUCUAUGCCAAGAAUGGGUCGUCAGACCAAAUCUAUAACCAAGUUGGAAUCUGCAUCAGACAAAUCGAAGCUGUAUUAUUGUGGUGACAAGUAUGAUCAAGUGGACUUUGUGCAUUUGAAUGGUGGGAGGCCCAAAGGCAAGAAUAUCACAGGGAACAAUCCUACUAGAGAUUCACAUUAUAUAAAGAAGAUUUGGGAACCCAUGGAAUCACGGAGGAAGUAUCCCAGACGCAACUCAGACACUGACCUUCUGUUGCAGUCAUCUCCUCUCCAGGAUGAAGGUAAUGAACCCAAUAAUCUUAAGACAUCUGAUGUCAUUUGCUUUGGCGAAGUGUCUGAAAAAGUAGAUACAACCACUCUUAAGGAUAAUAAUUUAGAGGAACGAAGGAACUCUAGCCCUGCUAUGGACAGAAACCGCCAGAACAUGUACAAUAAUGUAGAAGCAAAAGCUCCUCCUUAUUCAAAGGGAGCAGUGAAUGAGGAUGUUCAACUAUCUCCAGUUAGAAUUUGUCCCUUCAGUGGAACUAGUCCAUCUGUGAGCAGCAGUUCUACUUCUGACAACUGUUCAUCAUGCCUUAGUGAGGGAGACAACAAUACGGCCUCUUCAAACUCCCCAAAUUCUGAAUCCUUAUCCUCACUAGAUUCAGAAGAUGUCAUCCAAUAUGCAGAAAGAACAGAAACGGCAUGCGUUCCAAAUGAUUUCAAUGAAAAUCCCAAGGCUGGAAUGGAGAAAAGGCAAAGGGAGAAGGAAGCUGAAACUUUUAAAAGCAGGCCAUCAUUUGGGUAUUCAUCAGACAGUAACUUCCCCAUAAAUUUACCGACAAGAACAGCUCAUAAUCUUGAGAAUGGAAUAAUGAAUGUCAGUGUAGGUUCUCAACAUACAAGGCUGCUUCCACCAAUGCAUAACCAGCACAUGCCCUUGCCGGUGUUUCAAGCUCCAACAACAGGUUACUACCAUCAGAAUCCAGUUCCGUGGCCAUCAGCUCCUGCUAAUGGGUUGAUGCCCUUCCCACAUCCCAACCAUUAUAUAUUUGCUAGCCCUCUUGGGUAUGGAUUAAAUGGCAAUUCGCGCUUCAUGCAGUAUGGCACCCUACAGCAUUUUACUCCUCCCGUGCUCAACCCAGUUCAGGUGUCCAUUUACCAGCCAGUUGUUAAAACCAAUGGUGUGAACUCAGGGGAGCAAACCAAGACUUCUAAGCCAGGUGGGAUGCCAAAGUCGUCAAAUGAACCUAAAAUGGAGAGGAGUGUUCCAGCAGGACAUCAUCCAUUGAAAGAACACCCAAGUGAUGAUGAUUGGCCAAAUGGAAAUAAAAUUUCAGACAACGAAAAUUCAGGCUUUUCUCUCUUCCAUUUUGGUGGUCCUGUGGCUCUUUCUGCCAGACAUAAAUUGAACUCGGUGCCUCCUAAAGAUGGCAUUCUUGGGAAUCUUUCUCCAGAUUCAUCAGCACAACCAGUUGAGCAUGUUCGAGCUUGCAAUAAGAAAGAUACAAUGGAAGAAUAUAACUUAUUUGCAGCAAGUAAUGGUAUAAGGUUUUCAUUCCUCUGAUAAGGUAUUGGAAAGGGGUGUGGGAGCUGUGUGAGAUUUCAGCCCCUAUCCUCCGAUUCAGUAAAGAAAGUUUUGAGUACUUUGUAUCCAGAACUGCAAUAAUCUUCCUCUGGGAAAAUUUUCUGCAUAUUUUAUGAUUUGGUGAUCGGUUUUCUUUAUUUAGUUCAUCUCGUUAUUUUUAUUUAUUUUUAUUUAAUUGUCCAUUUGUUGACUUGUAGAAUAUAAUGACCUUAUAAAGGUUAUUUUUAUUUAAUUAUCCAUUUGUUGACUUGUAAAAUAUAAUGACCUUACAAAGGAUAUGAUAAUGAAUAUAGAUACUUAGCAAGAGAAUCUA